UGUUGAUUGGUUAGAGAGUUAAUCUGGGGCCCCGCUGGUCUGCAGCUUGGCUGCAACGCAACACUCGAUGGUGAGCCGAGGCCCAGCAUUCUGCACUUUAUAAGAUCAAAAGCACCUGCCCAUGAUUGUCUCCGGUUGACUCUGUAACCUCUCCCCGUCAUUUCAUUCAUUCACAUCUACCGCCAAAAUGUCACAAACAUUCACCCGCGAGGAAGUCUCGCAACACAACACCGAAGACUCCCUCUGGUGCAUCAUCGACCACCGCGUCUACGACCUCACCGACUUCCUCGACGCCCACCCCGGCGGCAGCGUCGUCCUGACCCAAAUCGCCGGCAAAGACGCGACAACCGACUUCUACAACCUGCACCGCCACGAGAUCAUCACAAAAUACCGCCCCACACUGUGCAUCGGCACGAUCGCCAACGAGACCCCCGAAGUCCUCGAGCCCACACCCACCUCCCUCUCCCCCGUCCCCUACGCCGAACCGCUAUGGCUGCGGCCCGGAUUCAGCAGUCCGUAUUACAACGAGAGUCACCGCAAAUUGCAGGUUGCCGUUCGCGAGUUUACGAACCUGUAUGUGAAGGCCGAGGCGCAGGCGAAGGAGAAGGAUGGGACGUAUAUUAGCCAGGAGCUUAUCGAUAAGAUGGCGGAGACGAAUGUGCUUGCGAUGAAGUUGGGCCCCGGGAAGCAUUUGCAUGGCCUGACGCUGCUUGGUGGGGUUAAGGGGGAGGAGUUUGAUUAUUUGCAUGAUUUGAUUGUUGCGCAGGAGAUGGUUCGGGCGAACGCUAGAGGCUUUCAAGAUGGAAACAUGGCCGGCAUGAUGAUCAGUUUGACGGCCGUCCAGCAGUGGCUCCACAAUGAACCGCUUCGCAAGCAGGUCACCGAGGAGGUUCUCUCGGGCAAGAAGAAGAUGGUUCUUGCUGUGACGGAAGCGUUCGCUGGUAGUGAUGUCGCGGGUCUCCGGACGACGGCUGUCAAGACGCCCGACGGCAAACACUACAUUGUCAAUGGCACAAAGAAAUGGAUCACAAACGGUACCUUCGCCGACUACUUUGUAACCGCCUGCCGCACCGAGAAGGGCUUCUCCGUCCUUCUGAUCCCCCGCGGCGAGGGCAUCGAGACCACCCAGAUCAAGACAUCCUACUCAACAGCUGCCGGAACGGCAUUCGUCGAGUACAACAACGUCAAGGUCCCCGUUGAGAACCUGCUCGGUGAAGAGCACAAGGGCUUCAUCGUGGUCAUGUCCAACUUCAACCACGAGCGCUUCAUGAUGGUUUGCGCCGUCGCGAGGGCGGCCCGCAUGGUCGUCGAGGAGUGUCUGAAGUGGUGCAACCAGCGCAUUGUGUUUGGGAAGAAGCUCAUUGAGCAGCCGGUUAUUCGACAGAAACUCGCCCGCAUGAUCUCCAUCGUCGAAUCCAACCAGUCCUGGCUCGAAUCCAUUGCCUAUCAAAUGUGCAACAUGACAUACGCCGAGCAGUCGAAGCACCUCGGUGGGCCGAUCGGGUUGCUCAAGUCACACGUCACGCGAACAUCAGGCGAGGUCGCGUCCGAGGCGACGAAUAUCUUCGGUGGACGCGGAAUCACACAGUCCGGCAUGGGAAGUGUUAUCGAGAUGUUCCAUCGCACGUACAAGUUCGAUGCGAUCUUGGGUGGCACGGAGGAGAUUCUGGCGGAUCUGGGUGUCAGGCAGGCGGUUAAGAAUUUCCCCAAGGCGAUGUUGUAGACAAUGUACCUUUAUGAGCUCUAGAGUUGGGAAAUGGUUGUAUCUGUACAUAGGUUUUAUAAUGCGUUUUACGGUGAAAGUAUCAUUGAUUCUUCUACUUAUGCACUUGUGCAGAGUGAACUAUCGGCCAGCCAGUCCCCCGGCAAUAGCCACACGUCACAGUAGUAUGUGCACGCGUAGGCUACAAAAUCCAAAUCCACACUUGCUCUGCAUCUAUAUCCAGCACCCAGAGCGCUCAUCUCCCAGCUAGCUACGGUGCAGCUUCCGCCUCGGCUGAUGUUCGAGGAGGGGCGAGCGAUGCCUUGCGUGCCGUGGCUGGAUGGUUUCUUCGUGGAUUGGAUUGGAUAGGGAUACCUACCUUGGACAACUUUUCUCCUCUCAAAACAAAUUCAACCCUACGUUCUCAUGAAUUCGUCGGGAAAUCUGCCUCCCCACCUUAGAAUCGCCGACUCCACUUCACUUCACCUCCAACCUCAGCGCGUCAUACUGCACAUAAACCGUCGUCGGCAAAACCGCCGUCUCCGUAUUCGUCCCAUUAUACGGCAAAUGCAGCGUGAGCACAUUCUCCCCGACCUUCAACCACUCAACCGGAAACUCCCACCGCUCCCUCACCUGGUAGCAGCUGACAGCCGAGCGCACGAUGCAACUGCUACUCUGGUUAAACCCGACGAGCAAUGUAAGCGGGUCCUCCUGGUCGUUGAUGUAGCUCUCCAGCGGGAGGUUCGUGUAUGGUUCGGCCGGGUUGUACACGUCCGUGUUUCCGGCGGCGGUUUUAGCGCCGGCGAGUUGGAUGGUUAGGGUUGCGGUUUUGCGGCGCGCGAGUUGUUUUUUCGAUAGGUUGAAGCGGAUCUUCCAGUCGUGCGUUGUGUUGUAUUCGAUGUCUGGGUUGUCGGGGGUAGGGCCGAAGACCGCCCAGUGGACUGUGUUGAAGUCUGUCGCGGGGUCGCUUUCGCCAAUCGUGUAGUCGACGCCCGUCGGGUAGUCGGUUUGCCAGUCGUACGCGCCCCAGUAGAUCAAAUACUCCGGUGGCUGGAGCGGGUGUGUGGUGUCGCGCGCGUAGCCGUGGCGGAACUCUCCAGAGGAUUUGUCGGGGGUGCCGAGGCGCCAGAUCUCGGUACCUGCGGACUCUGCAGUCCAGGUUGCUUUCAGCGAGGUUGCAUUGCCAGCCUUGACAGUGACGCCGUCACGGACGAAGUCGCCGAAGAUGCCGUCGGCGUAGACGGUCAGACGGUACUUGCCCUCCUUGACAUGCUUGAUCUCGAAUUUUCCAUUCUUGUCGAUAUCAGCCCAGUACUGGUACGACGAUGGGACGGCAGAGUUAUCUUGGAAGUACUGUCCGUCAACCGUCAGGAUCGCAAUCGGGUUCUCUGCGCCACGCGGAAGCUUGAUCGUUCCCUUGACACGACCUCGGCUGCUUGACGGAGCAUAGCCGAUAACAUGCUUCGCGAUCGAGUCGUAGAAAUCAACAUUCCAAUCUGGUGUGGCAAGCGCUCGCGCUUCGUCCCUCAGCUCCUCCAGAGAACCGGAUUCCUUUCCGCCGUUGAAGAGGUAGAAUUGCGGGCCGAAUGUGCGGUCGAAGCCGUGGGUGAUGUUGGGCGUGCCUUCGCCGUGGUGGUUGGACACGAUAUAGUUGUAGACGAUGCCGUCGACCGUUAGAUCUGAGUGGAGAGGCCCCUGCGUGGGUUAGCUAUGAAC